ACAACUAACAACGGGUGCGGUAAAAGUGUAGUACGGAAAUAAAUUGUGGUUAAAUUUUCUAAUAAAACGUAUAAUUGUUAUAGAAAACUGUUCAAGUUAUAAAAAGAAAACAACAAAAUAGUUAAAAAUGUCCGCCUUAUUGGGAUCUCCCAUAAAUUGGCAACCCGAUGAUUAUGUAUUUUUUCGCAAAUGUGGUGAAAUCACAAUAUCACCCGAUAUACAAAAUAUCGGUUUCAAUUGUUUGUUCUGUACGGGCAUUUGUCUGCAAACCGAUAUAUUUCUACAACAUUUACAAGAACAGCAUAAAGAGGAAGUUUUUAAUUUGUAUGAACAAGAAAAUUGUACAGAAAAUAAUUUAAGUGCAGAAAUAGUGUUGGAUUUAAAUAAUUCACAGAUUACCACAAAUAAUACCUAUAACAUUAGUAAACACAAUGAAAUGUGUGAGGAAACACAAGAAAUAACAGAAAAUUAUAUAAUUGUAAAUAGUUUAGUGGCCACGGAACAAACUUUAACGCCUCCGAACGACCUCAAUUUAGUGUUUAAUUUAGAAUCUAGCGAUUUAUUAACAUUAACCCCGCCAAAUCAAGACUUAGAAAAUCUUAUUACACUUAAUCCCUUGGAAAAUCUUGCCAACAACAUAAACACCACCAACAAUAGCAGCACUAGCAGCACCUCCACAUUGACCAGUAAUGCUAUGCCAUGCUUUCCUACACCCCCUAACGUUAUUUCCGCCUCCGUUGGCUAUUUUAAAUGUUUACCGGAUGACAAAGAAUGUGAAAUAGGCGAUGGCGAAGAUAGUGGUAUUAUGUUGGUGCAGAGCCCCUGCACCAGUGACGACUGUACUGGUAGUUUUAGUGAUUGCAUGUCAUUUACUGAAGAUAGCACCAGUAACAAGUCACCUCCCACCUACAGUGAAAAUUGGCCUAGUCCAACAACUGACUAUAUAGAGCAACACUCUGAAUCGGAAACAACAGCUAACAAUCCGGAUAAAGAAUCGUCUACCAAAGGAAAAUAUUUAAAAACGCCGGCUAUGCGUAAAGCUUUAAAUAAUAAAGAUCUAAUAGUCUAUCUGCUGGAAGCCUACAGAAACAAUGAAAAACUUUGGAAUCCCAAGCAUUCAUCCUACAAAUACAAUGCCCAUCGUAAUAUAUACAGUGAACUAUCACAACCUUUACUUCAUGAUAUGAAAUACUCUCUAACGGGAGAGGAAAUCUUUGGCAUAAUCAAUGAGUUGCGAGGACGUUACCGCAGAGAAUUGAAAAAAUUCGAGGCCCGCAAGGGAAAACAUAAAACACGUCUUUGGUAUUUUGAGAAAAUGGAGUUUCUGCGACAAGUUAUUGAAGAAAAACGCAAAGAACGUAAUAAGGAUAAGGAGUGUACUCCAACAUUAGAUUGUAAAGAAGCUGAGGAUUUAACUAAUCGUCAAGUUUUAAGUUAUUUAUUGAAUUUGUAUCAUCUAUAUGAGUGUCUUUGGAAUCCUAAUGAUUUGGAAUAUGAAUCAUGUAGUAAAACGGAAUUGUAUGACGAUAUCGCUCAACAAUUAAGAGAGAAACUAAAUGUUGAUAUGUCUCCGGUGGAGUGCAUGAAUGAAAUACAAAAGUUACGCAUAAGAUAUCGCAAGGAAUUGAGGAUAUUACAUAAGCUGAAGGGUUUGUAUCUGCCAAAGCUGUGGUGUUUUGAUGAAAUGGAAUUCUUAAGACCCAUAAUGGAGGAGAAAAUUACAAAGAAUUUGAAAAAGACCACCCAGCAAACCCCUUCUUCUUUAAGUCAAAGACACGAUUUCCUUAAGGCCAACGAAAUACAGUUUGUCAAUUUGGAACAACAGCUAGAAUUCAUAGAAUUGUAUCGCAAUUACAACUCCCUGUGGGAUGCAGAUCAUCCCGAUUAUAGAUCAAGCACAUAUCGCAGAAAUGCUUUAAAUGAAAUGCUGGAUAAAGUAAAUAAAACUUUAAAUGAGGAACAAAAAUGUAAUCUUCAACAGCUGGAAAAAACCAUAUACCUACUACGUAAAGACUUUUCACAUGAAAAACACAAACGGCUAAUGGAUAAUAACAAAGAUAAAGAGUCGGGAAUGUCUUUUGUUUUAUACGAAAAACUAUCACAGUUUUUAAGCAUUAACUUAGGACCCUUUCGCUGUGACAGCUGCCAGCAAAUCUCGAAAACUUAUGAUCAAUAUAAAAUGCACAAAUCUAAACAUGAUGGCACGCUACCCUUUAUUUGCACACUUUGCGGCAAGGGCUUUCAAAUGCCCGGCAAUCUUACCAUACACAUUAGAAGACAUCGCCGAGAUUUUCCCUAUGCCUGUGAAAUUUGCAGCAAAUCAUUUGCCACUUCCACGGAAGUUAAUAUACACAUGCGCUCGCACACCGGCGAACGUCCCUAUGUGUGUGAGUGGUGUGAGAAAACCUUUAAGACCUGGUCGUUUUACGAUCUGCAUAGGAGGACACAUCUCAAUCAAUCGAAUUUUCAUUGUCCCAUUUGUGAUAAAUCGUUUUAUGAGCGCAAUCGUUUCACCGAUCACAUGAAUGUUCACUUGAAUAUACGCAAACAUCAGUGCGAUCAGUGUGGCAAGAGUUUUACGACAUUGGGUAAUUUGAAAAAACAUUUGGAUUUGCAUGCAGCCGUUAAGAAGUAUAAAUGUCAGCCGUGUGGUAAACGUUUUGCUCAAUUUGCCAGUUUACGUUGGCAUCGUAAAACUCAACAUGAGCAGUGAAAUGGUAA